AUGCGAUUAUUAUCAUAUUCAUCAUCACCAGCUAUUCUGGAACAAACAACUAUUUUGCGCGAAACACAGCCACUUGAAUCUCGAAGACGUGAUCGUACGGCAACAGCAUUCGACUAUGAUAACUAUGUAUUGUCGCUUGAGGCUGAUGAACGAAUAUCCGGUUCAUCUACAUCCAUUAUUAGUCAACGUGGUCAAGCACGAGAAUCAUCAUUGAAAACCGAUUAUCGUCUAUCGUUCACAUCAACAUUACCACAUCAAGCGAAUUAUAUUCGUCAGUAUUCUAUGCACAGUCAUACAUCAUCGGUAGAAAGUGAGAGAAAAAAGAAGAUUAUUUCACGGAUUGUGACAGUUGUCGCUAUCGUUAUUUUUAUUGUUUGUAUACUUGUUGUAACAUUAACGUUAAGAUUAUCGCAUAAAAUCGAUGAACUUGUUAGACUAAAACAACUAAUGCCCAAACCAAUUCAACAAUAUCCCAUCGACGGUAUAGUGUCUACAGCAUUAACAACAAUAACAACAACGACAAGAGCGGCAGCGGCAACUUCAUCUUUAUCCCGAACAUCAUCGAGUAAACCAUCAUCAAUUGUGACUAGUUUGAUAAAACGUUCGAGAAAGAAUAAGGCUAUUAAUUAUUUACAAACAGAACAAUUAUAUUCACAGAGUAGUUAG